AUGUCGCCUCCGCCGUCGUCUCCUAGACAGAUCCAGACCGACCCGAGCCUCCCAGCGGCCUCACACCACCGCACGAUGUCGUCGAGCGGGCACGGCGGACCCCCCUCCUCCCCGCAAGCGCUCCGUCCACCGGUGCACCGCGGGAGCGUGGCCGCGACGAGCAUUGGCACGUCGUACCGCGACGACCCGGGUGUACAGCGGCAGAUGCAGCAGGACAUCGAUUCCGCAAUGAGCAUGUCGCGCGCCCGCUCCAGCUCUGUCGUGGAGCGUUCCCCCAUGGUGCGCGGCACUCGAGGAGGUACUUAUUCGUCGUCACCCAUCGAGGAGGCGCCGUUUGGGAUGCUGAGCGAUGCCGAAGAGCGCGAGAUGGAGCGCGCACAGUACCGGCGCGACCACGACAGCGACGAUGAGGAACACCGCCAGUACCGGCACGACGAGCACCACUCGGACGCCGAAAGCUCCCACACAUACAGCAGCCGCCGGUGGAGGAGGAGGUCGGACGCGGGCCGCCAGGGCAGCGAAGGACUGCGGCGCGUGGGCUCGUACUCGACGGCAGACGGGAUCCGCAGCGUUUUCGACUUUGCUGCCAUGGACGAGUUUGCUGCUACGGAGCGCGAGGCGCUCGACGAUAUUGAGGGCUCGGUAACGGGUGUGGCCGUCGAGGACAUGGGCACGCCGCCGUUGGGCAUUGAUGCCGAGAUGCGGCGGCGGAGCGAUGUCUUUACGCGCUUAGAAUCCCCUGCUCGCCAGCAGUCAGGCGACCUGAGUGGCAGCGGGAGCAGCACGCGGCAAGACGAUGGCAACGGCAAGGGCACGUUUGACGACGACAUCAUGUCGUUACCAAAGGACGAGGAAGAGUCGCCACAGCCGCGUUUCGGGCGGCGCGCUCGCAAGCAUAACAAGCAGUCGCACCCGGCGCGGCGGCAGGCAAAGCUCGCACUGUUUGAGAGCUUUGGUGGAGGCGAUAGCGAAGAGCUGCAGGGCGGCGCGCUCAAGGCCCCAAGGCCGAGCGCGAGACCACACGCUCCACCUCAACCUGCCGAACCAGCGCCAGCCAAGUUCACGCCGUACUCGGACAGCCCUGGUCACGGGCGGCCGUACCGGUUCUCGUUCUACUCGAACGCUCUUCCGGUGACAAUCCACGCCCGCAGCCUCGCCGAGCUGCCGGCCGAGGGCCAAACGUUUGAGGACCUGUUCAAGGGCAGAAACAGUCCUGACGAAGUGCCGCAAAACACAGCCGAGGCCCCGUUCAGCAGCGGGCGGAACACACCCAAGGAUCCCAGCGGACUCUCGCUCACAGCUCCCAUUGCGCAACACUGGCAGCAAGCGGCAAUCACCAAGAGCAUGGCGAUCGCUGGUGCACCGACGCCGCCGCCUCCCCACCCCGACGAUGACCCCGACACGACCACGUGGUGGCUGGAUGUGCUGUCUCCGACUGACGAGGAGAUGCGCGUGCUCUCGCGCGUCUUUGGGAUCCACCCGCUCACGACGGAAGACAUCUUACUCGAGGAGACGCGCGAGAAGAUUGAGCUCUUCCGCAACUACUACCUCGUGUGUUUCCGCUCGUUCGACCAGGACCCGUACAGCCAGACGUACCUUGAGCCGCUCAACAUGUACAUCAUCGUGUUCCGCGAGGGCACGUUGUCGUUCCACUUCCGCGCCACGCAGCACCCGCAGAACGUGCGCCGCCGCAUCAAGCACCUCAAGGACUACAUCUCGGUGACCUCGGACUGGAUUUCGUAUGCGCUCAUCGACGACAUUACCGACGCGUUCGGGCCGCUCAUCCAGAGCAUCGAGUACGAGGUUGACAGCAUUGACGAGCUAGUCCUAAUCCUCAAGGACUCUGAGCAGACGGACAUGCUCCGACGCAUCGGCACGUGCCGGAAGAAGGUCAUGGGUCUGCUUCGUCUAAUGGGCAGCAAGGCGGAUGUCGUCAAAGGUCUCGCGAAGCGUUGUAACGAGAACUGGCUGGUGGCACCAAAGUCGGACAUUGGCCUCUACCUCUCCGACAUCCAGGACCACUUGAUCACGAUGACGUCCAACUUGAACCACUACGAGAAGAUUCUUUCGCGCUCGCACUCCAACUACCUCGCGCAGAUCAGCAUUGAGAUGACCGACGCCAACAACCAGAUCAACGACGUGCUCUCCAAGCUCACGGCGCUCGGUACGGUGCUCAUCCCCAUGAACUUGGUCACGGGUCUGUGGGGCAUGAACGUGCUUGUGCCGGGACAGGCAAAGGACGACGGGACCGACACUCUGCACUGGUUCUUCAGCAUCCUCGGUGGCCUCGCGGCGUUUGCGGUAGUCGGCGCGUGGGCGACGUACAAGUGCUUUGUGCGCGUGUAG